CAGGCGGCUAGAUUCUGCUCAGAAUGGCGGCCGCACAAGACCCCUUUCAGACCUCGGCAGGAGGCGUGGCGAGCGGGAAAAAGGCUAGCAGGUACCUGACAGAGCCGACAGAGGCGCAUGCCAGUGAGGCGCUUCAGAAGCAUACCCCUGAUAUACCCUUCUAUGAAAUUUGACGGUCUGAUGAUCGCUAUCUUGGCCCUUGGCGCUCAUCGUGCUGUCUCAGUCACGUUUGAAUGGCCAUUGACAGGCCUAAGAAAGAUCUUCGACGAGAGCAAGGAUAAUGUCAAGUCUAAGGCCAUCCGUUCAUGCUCCUUUGGAGGUGGACAAUGGACUGUGUUGCUCUAUGCCCAGAGCGGCGUGGACCAGAAUGUAUCCCUCUACCUCAAUGCAGAGCCACUUGCAUCAGAGAAGGUUCAUCCUUUGAUGACUGCGGUUAAGAACCCAGCCGAGCUGGAACGACAUGUAGGGACGAUCAAGGAAGGGGAGCAGCAGUCGAAGGCAAAGCAAUCCUCUCGCACAGAAUGGCACCGCGAGGGCGUGUUCCGUUUCACAUUUUCCAUUUACACUGCAGGGAAACUGUCACUUAUCUCAAGUAAGGAGGCACUCGGACAUACCUUCUCAUCUCAAACUGCCAACUGGGGCUGGUCUGGCUUCUGCUCCAGAGACCGCGUCUAUUACAACCAUCACACAGUCAAGGAAAUGGACAUGUUCGUCGUUGUCGUGUCGCUCACAAAGCAGCCCAAAGCGCCAGACUCACAUCGCCCGAAAGGUCACAUCGUCUCACAGUCUUUGACGACCGCGAUGGGAUCACUCCUGGAUACGCCGGAUUACAGCGACACUAUAUUUGUCUUCCCGCGCCAAACACGCAGGCAAGGCAAAGUGAUCAGAAGCUCCGGGGAAAAAACAAAACAAAUCUUCGCCAUCAAGCAGAUCCUUACCGCCCGCAGCGAUUACUUCCGCGACCUCUUCGAGGGUGGCUUUGCCGAGGCGGAAGACAGUGACGACUCGGAGGGUUUUGAUCAGCAGGAUGCCGAUCAGGCCGCCAACGACUCUGCACGUGCGGCUGUGGGCGACGCCGGCAUGCGCAGUCUGUCACCUGAUCAUGAUGAUAGUGACGAAGGGCGAGAUCGGCGCCGUGCAGGUUCGAGCGCUCGGGACACCCAUCAGAGGCAAUGCUCGAAAAAGCGGCGCGCAAGAGCGAGAUCAAGUGGGACCGCAGGUCUGGAUUCGUCGCAAGCCUUUGCCGAGGCAGAUGAGGAGUUGGAUUACGACGGCGAGGGUAUCUUCAAUGACUCGGAUGCAGAGUACGAGUUGACUAUGCAGGACGGCGAGACCAGUGACGAUGCCAGCAGCGUCAAUACCGAUGAGGAGGAGCGUCAGGGAGAGGAUGAUCACGGCGACGGGCCAAGUCAGGCUUCAGAUGGUGACGACUUGGCGGCUCAGCAAGCGAAUUAUACCUCGGCCGAUCCCGCUGCUGCUAUUCCAUCAGAGGAUAGGCACAACACAUUUACCGCGACGCUAGCAGUCGCAACCCCUUCAUAUCACAGCGGAUUCUCACACGGCAAGUUCAGCCCGCCACGCGAACCUCCUGCAGACGUGCCCACAUUUGAUGAUGAUGAAGACGAAGACAUGGGACACGAAGACGAGAUCGCGGCUGUGAGCGGUGGUCCAGGCGGCGCGCCGGGUGCAGGCGCAAACAUUAAUGCGAACGCGAACGCCAAGGCCAAUGCCAACGUCAACGCCAGAGCAGGGGUCACGCCCGUGCUGAAGACAAGUGACCCUGCUGCCGAGCGCUCCAUUCGAGCAGGCAGCGGAGAUAACACAUCGGAGGGAACCACGAAAGGUUUGACGAACCGGAUGGCAUCUCUAAGCACGCCCAGCGCAAAUGCAAGGGAUGCAAAUGUUGCCGGCACCAGCGGUGCUGGUGAGAUGGACAAAGGCAAGAAACGUGCUGCAGACGGAGAUGUCAGCGCAGAACGUGCCAGGAAGAGAAAUGCAUUUACGGGUCGCAAGCGGCGCAAGGUGGUCAUCCGCGACAGCUACUAUCCAAGCUUCUAUGCUCUGCUCUACUUCCUCUACACCGACAUUAUCGAAUUUGCCCCCCUCACGUCGUCGUAUUUGGAGCUGGAUGACGAGAGCGAUCAUGCCAAGUCGCACACAUUCGACAAUCCCGAAGAGCAUCUGGAGGAUCUGAUCUGCGCACAUUGGAGGCGUGCCGACAUGAUAUGCACAUACGCAGAUCGUGCAGAGAAGGCACCGCUGUGCUCUGCCAAGUCGAUCUAUAAGCUGGCGGAUAAGAUGAACCUGCCCGAGCUCAAAAAACGCGCCAAGGCUCACAUUGCCGGCAGCUUGACGGUCAACAAUAUUGUUUGGGAAGUCUUCAGCAGCUUCACGGUCCGCUACCCCGAAAUACGGAAGAUGGAAAUCGACUUCCUGCUGGAACAUUUCGCUGAGGUCAAGAAGACAGCCGCGAUGAAGGAGCUUUUCAUGCGUAGUGUUGCGCAUCCUGGAUUGGCGCAGGUGUGGCCGGACUUGCUCAGCAAGCUCGAAUAUAAGAAGAUCGAAGCGGAAGAGGCAGAGGCGCACGCGUCCACAUCAGCAAGCGAGUAGCAUAACAAGCAUGUGAAAUGUUUUCCGGCCGAAUCGUUAAUCUCAAUGACACUG